AUGUCUGGAGAUUUUGAGAACGUCGCCAGAGAAUUCAUCAAGUUCUACUACGAGCAGUUCGAUGCGGACCGCAAUAACCUUGCCUCUCUCUACCGCGAACAAUCUAUGCUGACAUUCGAGUCCUCUUCCGUUCUCGGUACCAACGCCAUUGUUGAGAAGCUCACCUCUCUUCCUUUCCAGAAGGUCAAGCACCAGGUUUCUACUCUCGAUGCCCAGCCCAGCAUGGUUGAGGGCGGUAUUGUCAUCCUCGUCACCGGUCAGCUUCUUGUCGAUGAGGAGCAGCGUCCUAUGAACUACACCCAGGCUUUCCAGCUUGCCCGUGACGCCGCUAGCGGACAGUACUUCGUGUUCAACGACGUCUUCAAGCUGGUCUACGGUUAA